AAACACCGAUCGUGUGCAGGUGGCGGAUAUAAGCUAAGCUGUUCGGGUUACCACGGGUAACGAAUAACGAAGCUCUCUUGUAAAUAGAAACAGGUUGAUCAGCAGUUGUAUCCACCAUGGCGUGGCUACAUGUGGCUAUCGGCAGAUCAACAAAAAGCACCCACAGACAAUCAGACUAUGGACAACCAGGAAUGCCGGGUGCGCCUCCAGAACAGUGGAGCGUAUGGAUGGACGGUCCCCCUCCCCCCGACUGGAGACAGGGGAACCAGGUACCCGUGGACAACGAGGCAGCCGCUCCCCCCUCAUUCGGACCGCCCCCCAUGCAGGGGAUGCCUACGUUCCAGGGUUAUGAGGGCGUCGGGGGCUUUAACCAAAUGGCUCCUCUCCCCCCGCCGCCCCCUCCUCCACCCCCGCCAGAACCACCUCAGAUGGAUUUUGGCAACCUGACGUCCAUGGACGAGGAGGCCUGCCGGGACGCCAUGAUUCAGUACGUCAGUGAGAACUGCUGCUUUGGGUCGGCACCGGCCAAAGAAAUGAAAAUCAGCAACAUUGCUCCAGGGCACGCUUUGCAUUACACACUGGAGACGUACACGGAGUUCAGGUCCACGGGGUACAUGUCGGAGCCCUUUAGGGGAGGCUUUGUCGACGGCCCCGAGAACGGCCCUCCUCCCCCUCCCUGGGCUAUCCCCUGCAACUCUGACUCGCUGUUCCUUGACCAACAGAAGCUUAUUGAGGUGCCCCAUACAGCGACUAUUAGGCCGUGCCACGCGUGUGACGCCAGGGGGUACAACCGAUGCUACCGAUGCCACGGGUGGGGGAACGUCAGGUGCCACACCUGCGGGGGUGACGGCGUGCGCAUGGUGCACGUGCAUGAACAAGGGAUGCAGCCACAGCCCUGCUUCUCCUGUGGUGGCGACGGUAGACGGAGAUGUUUGACGUGUGGCGGUCACGGACGCAUCCCAUGCCGGACUUGCCAAGGCUUCAGGAACCUCAAAUGCUACGUCCAACUCAAAGUAACCUUUAAAAACAACAAGGACGACUACAUCCUGGAGAAAACUGACAUGCCUGAUGAGUUAGUGAGGGAUGUGAGCGGCACUGCGAUCUUCGAACAGACGCUCAUGCCGGUGUGGCCAAUCACGUCCUACUUCGUCAGAGAAAUCAACGACAGCUCCAUCAGACUGGUGAACCAACACAAGGGGGCAUUCCCUGGCGCCAGACAACUCAUGCAGCGGCAAGUGUUGAGGGGCGUCCCCGUGACGGAGGUGAACUACAACUGGAAGGAUGUGACGACACGCUACUGGGUGUACGGCAACGAGAGGAAGGUGUACUCACCCGACUACCCCCAACAAUGUUGCUGGGGGUGUACUAUUCUCUAAGGCAGUCGUGCAAUCUCAUCAGAUUAUACCAACAACGUUGUUUCGAUUAUAUUUUCUUCUGAUAUUCAGAGAAGUGUUGCUCGGGUGUUCUAUAUUCUCUAAAGUAUGCUGGUUGCUAGGUCACCCCAAAAGUGCUGCUCCUAUGUGAUUUAUUAACACGUCAUUGUGGGAAUCGUACAACCGAGUCUGCUUUUUAAGCAGAGAUUUAUCAUGAAUAUGAAAAUGAUUUUUAUCGUUUGUAUUUGCAUUAUACACAAUCUAUAUGUUAUAGUGAGUGAGUAUGAUUUUACGCCGCUUUUAGCAAUAUUCCAGCAAUAUCACGGGAAAUGGGCUUCACACAUUGUACCCAUGUCGGGAAUCGAACCCGGGUCUUCGGCGUGACGAGCGAACGCUUUAACCACUAGGCUACCCGACCGCCCCCUUUAUGUUAGGUCCGUGUUUGUUCCGGAUUGGGUGCAAUGUUUGAAGCCUUGUCGGUGGUGCCCGCCCUCGUAUUGCUAAAAGCAGCGUAAAACCAUAUUCACUCACUCACACUAUGCCAUGAAUCUGAUCAUUGCUUCUGUUAAUAUUCUUGUGCCAGCAUUGCAUCUGCUAAAGUAUUCCUCGAACAGUAUUACAACACAAAAGGUAUUGAAUCAGAAUUUCAGGCAUAUUAUAUUUGUUUUGCCAAAUUACGUUAAACAUUCAUGAUUUUAUUUAUCUAUACAUGUGAUUUUUAUACACUGGUGUGCAAAUAUAUUUAACAUUGUUUUUUACAUUGUCAGUAUUAUUCCCUUUGUGGGAAAAGGGUACCUGUUUAAAAAUUAUCACCAAAGACAUAUAUUAUCUAUACAGAUGCUAUGUCGUGAUCUCCCUUUCGUUGUAUUUGAAUAAAGUUCGUCAGUCUGCAACUUACUUAGCAGUUCAAAUGUCUCUCUCUAAGGAGGUGUCAUUCUGCAAUUGAUGAAUUCAAUUAUUUUUAGGGGUUAAUUCUUUGCUAAGAUAUACAAGCUAAAACUCGGAUUAACUUCCAUGAGGUUAAGGAAAGUUAGAUAUUUUGCGAAGCAUAUUAAUAUUGUAAAUGAUAUAUUUUUUUUACCAAGUACUUUAGUAUCCACUGUGAUUCAUUAACACGUCAUAGUGGGAAUCGUACAACCGAGUCUGCUUUUUAAGCAGAGAUUUAUCAUGAAUAUGAAAAUGAUUUUUAUCGUUUUAUAUUUUGCAUUAUACACAAUCUAUAUGUUAUAGUGAGUGAGUAUGAUUUUACGCCGCUUUUAGCAUUAUUCCAGCAAUAUCACGGCGGGGGACACCGGAAAUGGGCUUCACACAUUGUACCCAUGUGGGGAAUCGAACCCGGGUCUUCGGCGUGACGAGCGAACGCUUUAACCACUAGGCUACCCCACCGCCCCCUUUAUGUUAGGUCCGUGUUUGAUUCCGGACUGGGUGCAAUGUUUGAAGCCUUGUCGGUGGUGCCCGCCCUCGUAUUGCUAAAAGCAGCGUAAAACCAUAUUCACUCACUCACACUAUGCCAUGAAUCUGAUCAUUGCUUCUGUUAAUAUUCUUGUGCCAGCAUUGCAUCUGCUAAAGUAUUCCUCGAACAGUAUUACAACACAAAAGGUAUUGAAUCAGAAUUUCAGGCAUAUUAUAUUUGUUUUGCCAAAUUACGUUAAACAUUCAUGAUUUUAUUCAUCUAUACAUGUGAUUCUUAAAUACUGGUGUGCAAAUAUAUUUAACAUUGUUUUUUACAUUGUCAGUAUUAUUCCCUUUGUGGGAAAAGGGUACCUGUUUAAAAAUUAUCACCAAAGACAUAUAUUAUCUAUACAGAUGCUAUGUCGUGAUCUCCCUUCCGUUGUAUUUGAAUAAAGUUCGUCAGUCUGCAACUUACUUAGCAGUCCAAAUGUCUCUCUCCAAGGAGGUGUCAUUCUGCAAUUGAUGUAUUCAAUUAUUUUUAGGGGUUAAUGCUUUGCUAAGAUAUGCAAGCUAAAACUCGGAUUAACUUCCAUGAGGUUAAGGAAAGUUAGAUAUUUUGCGAAGUAUAUUAAUAUUGUAAAUGAUAUUUAUUUUUUUACCAAGUACUUUCGUAUGUCUGCGAGGGUAUCUGUUUUCUGUGUGUAUAUACAUAUGUGUCAAAUUUAUAAUACUAAUGGACCGGUCAUUUAUGACAGGGUGGGAUGUUUUUGAUGCAUUAAUGUAUUGAAAACAAGGCAAAAAGUGAGCAGGGCUCACUAAAACAUCCCGACCUCGACUCCAACAUAUUUCAAAGUUCAAAACAGGAAAAAAAUCAUAUCGUUUUCUGAAAUACAAAUAUCAAAAUGAAACUUUGCUCCGCACCUCCUCUACUUGUAUAGAAACUGCAACCCCAAUUGUAAACGAAUCCAGGAAGUAGUUUUUAAGAAAAUACACACAUGAAAAUCAAACUUUGCACUGCACGUCUUCCAUUAAUAUGGAAUGGAAACUGUUCCCUAAAUUUGAAAAGAAUCCAUGAAGUAGUUUUCAAGCUAUAAUUCGCACAAAUGUUUAAGUAAAAUCAUUGUAAGUAAAAGCUGUAUUUUUACAGAAAACCCAAAUAUUGAAAUCAAACUUCGCAAUGCACCUCCAAUAGAAAGUGUUCACCAAGUUUCAAAAGAAUCUAGGCAGUAGUCGCACACACAAAAUCUUCGGAAGUACCCACGGAAUUCCUUGGUAUAACUUUAUACCCCCGCCCCUUUAUGUCGGGAGUACAGUAAAGACGCUCCCCUAAUGCUUGUCUUAUUUCGAUGACCCUCCCCAUGUCCUUGUACAUAUUUUACAUGAUAUUUCCAAGAUAUAUAGGAUUAAUCCCAAGGAUAAGAGUUUUGAAUAUCACAAAUAAACGAGGGGAACUUAUAAACCGAAAAAAAGAAACUUAAAACAGCAUUUAUCAACAUUUUUAUGUUUCAAACAUACUUUGCAUGAACCUUGGGAAACGCACGUAAAAUAUCUGUUGCUGACGUACGGUAUUUGAAAACGACAUUCUUAAAAGCACUGUGAUUCAUCAGGGCCUCUGUAGCCUCGUGGUACACUCAUUUACACAUUAAUUUUCAAAAUAUUUUACAAUAGAUCUGCUCAUGUGGCAACGUGAGUGUUCUUCCGCAUUAAUGACUUGUAUAAAGAGAAGCAGUUAUUCAUGUUAUUCGUGUUUUGUUUAACAUUUCAAU